GUGCAUUUAGUAAACACCACCCUGUGCUUAGCAAAAAGUGUCUUGAAUAUUCAAUCAAGCAGUGCACAUUCAAAAGUGUGGGCGAUGAUGGUCAUCACUCCUAUUCGCCUGCUGCUGCAGCAUAUAAAUAACCCACCAAACCAAAUCUUAUUAUAACUCCAAUCCAUUAAAAUCCGUCUGUGCACCAAAAUCCAAGAUGUCGUUGAAUGAACAAAGGCCGGAAGAAGAAUCCGAAUCAGAAUCAAACAUAACUUGUUCCGAUCUACUCUCCAAUUUAACUAGGAGCGCAGGGGAGUUAAUGGUAAUUCGAACAAUUCAGCGUUACUUGGAGCCUAUUUUUGUACCACUUUUUAGGCCUUUGAUCCGUCAAAUUGUAGAAGAGCGGCUUGGGGUGGCAAAGCAGGAGCUUCUGGCCAGCCUAAAAGAGAAUCCUCUAAAGAAGACAAGGGCCAGUACUUCAGUUCUGAGAAGACUAAAGCUAAAGUUCAGAAACAGGAUUGGCCUACCGGUCUACACUGGGAUUCCUCUUUUAGGCGAGAAUCAUACACCCAUUGAAGUAGCUUUAGUUGAUGCUCUUACGGAGCAGAUAGUUAAUACCGGGACGGAAUCUACUGCAAAACUGGAAAUAAUGGGUUUUCGGGUUGAUGACGAUGACGAUGGUGGUUGGACAUUUAAGAAGUUUCAAGAACGGGUUAUGAGUGAAAGGAAAGGGAGACGAACCCUUCAAGGAAAUACGUGCCUGCAGCUAAAAGACGGCAUUGGUUUUGUUCAUGAGGUUCGUUUUACUCACGAUUCGAAACAUACCAAAAAUGGUUCGUAUAGAUUGGGGGCAGUCGUUGUGGAUGCUGCUUUGAUGAAACAAGUGGAAGGAACGUGUACAGAAACGUUUGUCGUGAAGGAUAAGCGUUCUAAAUUUUAUGAAAAUCAUCCGUACCCGUUUUUAUCUGAUAAGGUGUAUCACUUAGAGAACAUCAGAUAUAAAGGUACCCGCUACAAACGUCUGCAAGAUGAAAAAGUGGAGACUGUGAGGGAUUUGCUGAUUCUACUCUACACAGAUCCGAAACGGCUUGAAGAUCUUCUUGAACUAAAAGCUUCUUCCAAGCGUUGGGGAGAAAUCGUAAAAAAUGCUCAGUCAUCCAAUGGAAUGUUUUUGUACCUUGAUCCUAGAAAAAGCGGCGUUGUUCUUGAUGUCAGACGACAGUUGAAAGCAUUAAUCGUAGAACCUCAUCUGUACACACCAGUUAACCACCUAACUGACCGACAAAAGGACGAAGCUCAAAAUUUGGUGAAGUUUGCAUCUCAAAACUUAAAGGCGCUCGACUAUUUUGAAGACGAGACUUCUCUUAAAAAACAUCUUCAGUCGGACCCUGGUUUCACCUCACUACCAUCGAUAACAGAUGGACCACCAACAACCUCUUCACAGGUCGCUGAAGCCUGUUUGAAUAAUUUAAACCAGACACCGUUUGAAACCUCUCAAUCUGAACGGGGAAAAGAAAAGGUCCCUUUCGAUGAUGAAAUGAUCUAUGCAACAAACUAUUACCAGGAGCAUAUUUCAUUUCAUCCACCCACUUUAAACGGUCCAAACGGGGUCAACUUUUGGUCUGCUACUUCUUCUCAGGCUGCCGAGCCUCUCGUUGAUACAUUCGGGCUUGUGAAUACACCCGACAUCAGCAGUUAUGGUUGGGAAGAAUCGGAUUACAGUGACAUUAUAAACUACGUGUCUGCCAUUCUAUCUGAUAGCCCUAACGUCGAAUGCCUUUCAACUGUUUCUGUGUGUACUAUUGCCGGGACAAGAUGGAGAAAAGUGUCGAAAUUGCUAAGGCGGAAUUCUGUAAGAGAAAGGAUUGGUCUUUCACAAGGGAUGCAACCCCUUAAAAAGCAAAAGUGUUGUUAAUGUAGCAUGAGUUUUUUUUUUUUAUUGCUUCCUGUUGGUUGUAUCAUCCAUCACAAGAGGAAAUUUUAGUUUUCUUCUUUUUUUUCCAGGGAGCUUGUAUGUUGUUUUGUUAUUGACAUUCUUGUAUAUAUGUAAAAUAUGAUUGAUGUCCAAAUAUGAAUUUAAUGUAUGUUCAGCUAC